AUGUCUUCGAUCCGCAUGCGCGUCCGCGGCCCCAGCGCCACCGUCACGCUGGAGGCCGCAGCCGACUGGACGCUGGCGCAGCUGCUGGAGCUCAUCCGCGACAAGACAGGUGUGCAGAGCUUCACGCUCAAGACGGGCUUCCCGCCGACACCGCUGGACCUCGCCGACGCAGCCGCCAUGACGCUGGGCCCCCUGCAGCUGAACGGCGCAACCAUCAUGCUCGUGCCGACAGACAGUGGCGGCCCUUCGGCGUCCGAGUCCGCUCCGGCACCGACAUCAAGCACCCCUGCGCCCCCGCCGUUCGUCCCCAAAGGCGUCGAUGUCGACGAGACCGUCGUGCCCUGGGACGAGGGCGGCGGUUAUCUGGUUCUGCGCGUCAUGCCCGACGACAACAGCUGCAUGUUUACGGCCUUUGGCGGCGUCGUCGGCAUCCCGGACCCGGCUGUAGAGGUCCGGGCGCGCGUGGCCGAACACAUCCUCGCGCACCCAGACAAGUACUCCAAAGUGGUGCUCGAGAACAAGGAGCCGGCCGAGUAUGCGCGCUGGGUGCGGGACCCGCAGCGGUGGGGCGGCUCCAUCGAACUGCAGUGCCUCAGCGAGAUCUACGACAUCCAGAUCUGCUCAAUAGACGUCAAGUAUGGCCGCGUCGACACGUACGGCCUCGAUAAAGACACGCGAUGCAUCCUGCUCUACUCAGGCAUUCACUACGACCGGAUCGCGCAGACGUUUGACCUGGGCUUGCCGGUGGACAUGGAUGUGACCAAGUGGGGGACGGAUGACGAAGCCGUACUGGCCAAGGCAAAGGAGCUGGCCGCCAAGCUCAAGGGCGCGCGGUAUUACACGGAUACGCAGACAAUGGCAAUUCGGUGCGAGGUGCCCGGAUGUGAGAACUGGCUGGGAUCGGGCCAGAAGGACAUGAUAAAGCACACCAAGGAGACGGGACACACAGCGUUUUCCGAGCUGGCGAUUGAUUAG